UUCACAAAUUGUCGCAGUGAGCAGAGCUCUUGGAAUUAGAAAAUAAAAAAAAAGUUAAAAUUAAAUUCCUCUCUCAGAGUCGUUGUGUCGAGCAAUCGUUGGUUUUUCGCGUUCAUCUCCGUUUCCAUAGCAGCGUAACUGUAAUGUUUAGUCACAAGAAUACACCGAAAAAAGCAGAAAUGAUUCCAGUUACUAAGUUGCACACCAAGGAGGUGCAGUGCCAGCUCGAUACAAGCGAUGAGACCAAAGAGCAGCCGAAGCCCAUGCUCACCCCGAAGAGCGGACGCAUUGGUAUCUUUAAUGCUGAGGACUUUUUGUCGCGUGCCCAGAUGAAUGUCAAGAUCAACCACAUCUUGCGCUCGCCCACCAAAGUUCCAAAUGGAGUGCGCCAGCGCUCCGUGUACACCAACAACAUCCCAUCACCGCAGUCUUCGAUGAGUUUGUCGGGUGCGGCUGCAUCGUUAUCAGCUCGGAUGAGCAGCAUGUCGCUGAAUAGCGGCAGUGCCAGUGUGGGCACCAAUACUGCUGUGCUGGCCAAGGAACGUUCUAGCCAGACCAAUGUCAGCGGGGCAUCUGCUUCCUAUAGACCCGUAAGCAUGAGUAUGCAUCACUCGCAACCACAGUUGACCACCUCUUCUGAUUUGGAGCCCAUGGCUCAUGCUACCAAAUCGUUGACUGCUCGCUAUCCUAGCACAUUUGGGUAUGAAAAUAACGGCGCUUAUUGUCCAACGCCACAAGCACCACCGUCGCACCCGCGUGUGCAUCCACAAAUGCACUACACACAGCAGUUCCCGUCGCCGAUGCCACCACCACCAUAUGCCUUGGGACGUGUCAGUGCUCGCACCAUUGAGUUUGAGAACAGUCCACAGCCACCACCAUUGCAAAGCUGUCCCGGCUCUGGACCCAUUGCCAUGUCCAAUGGCACUAUUCAGGUGCGCCUGCGCGAAGGAGUACGAAUUGAUAUGACACUGGACAAGGCAGUGCGUGUUUUGAAUCAGCGCAGCAUGGUGGCCGUCUCGUUAUCCCGUAAUGGGACUAACUCUGCUCUGAUUCACCCCAAUGGACGCGUUCUGCAGAACGGCUCUAAGGUUGAGAUUGUCGCUUAUGAUGGCAUGAAGUCUAACAAUUUUGUGCGCUACGCAAAAAUGUGGUACAAGGGAGUGAGUUUCACUAGCGAGUCUUGCGCUUUAAUUUAUCUAGUGGACUCCGCUGGAACACGCACCACCACCGACAAUUUCACUGACCUAACCAAGGACUACACACUGGCAGUCUUUUAUGAUGACUCACGCCACGGGGCAUCUUUUGUGCAGGAUGCACAGGCGGUAAUUGCCAAAUCAUCUUACAGUUGCGGGGAGGAUGGCACCGAGAUGUACGAAAUCAAUGGCUUUCGCAUUAUUCAGGCAGCCGAUGGCUUGGUGAAAGUGACUCGUCAGCACAACAAGGGCCUCAUUCGCACCAGCCCUGGCAACGGAUCAGUCACUCUAACCACGCUCGGCAUACACUGCACCGGAUCUUUGGGCAAGUCUUCGCAUCUGUUUUUGCGUCGCAACGAGAAGCGCAUGCACUUCGAUGGGUCCAGUUUCAUAGUGCGUAAUGCCGGACAUUCGGCAGGCUUUAACGAGAACAAUCUGCUGAUUGUCUAUUAACUCGUAUCCGACUUAAUCACAUCUGCACAUUCACAAAACACACACAAACAGACAACAUUUAAUGCAGGUCUUAAGGACUGUUGCGCUGCCAAGGUAUGUGGAGGGCUUAUAACUAAAAAAACCGCAGAAAAAAACAUGAAACUGUAAAUCAGACUCGCAAACAAGCGCGAUAAACGAUAUGGACAUCAUAUGUAUCUUAUAUCAUUUGACUAGUUAGGACAUCUUUCGUUACUCGACGUACGCGCAACGCAACUAAAAAGGAAUUCGUUUUAAGUUAUCUUUUCAUACUCGAACUUUUUGAUAUCAGUGAGAAUUAACGAAAUAUCUUUGGGGCAUGUGACCACUGCCCUCUCUAAUUGCCGACUGGAGAGUGGCAGCGUUUUGGAUUUUAAGGCUCAUUUUGGCAUUAUCAAAUUUUACAAACGAAAUUCAUAUAAAAAUUGUGCUAAAAACUUUAUGAAAUUUUAUAGGAAAAUUUAUACAUACAGCAAAAACUUAAAAAUUGGCUAUUUACAAAUUUUGAAAUACGAGCAAUGUAUUAUUAUAGGCAGCGGUAGCUGCCUAAAGGGUAACUAUCAGAGUAAUAAUUAUAGUUAUCUGUUACAGUUAAGAUUAGUUUGUAGUUGUUGCAAUCCAAACAUGUUCAUCCACACAAACACAAUAAUGUGAAAUAUUGUUACAUUCUGAAUAUGGAAAUUCAAAGUGAACAAUCUACUCACUGAUCACGCAUAACAAUUUAACAAAACCCAUUCAAAAACAAUUGUAUGAAAUAACACAACUGAAUCUUUAUUGCACAUUAAUUGGCAGGCGUCCAAUCGGUUUACAUGCAAACACUGAACGAAUAUAUUCCAAUAUAUUCCAUACUGUAGAGUCUUACAACAAUCUCCUACCUCCCAAAUCACAAGCAUGUAUAACGAAAUUAAUGUAUCUAGCAAAAUCGAAUAAAAAAAAUGUAUUUUAAACCAAA